AUGGCUGUGACCGGCUUCAUUCACCACUUUGGUACCUUUUUGCUCCUCGCGGCAACGGUGCUCCUCGUUGUCACCAGCAUUUCCGCCCCGGUGGUGCACAACAUCUCCCUCUUGACCGUGAAGCUGGGCGACUCUUCGGCCGGCGAUGAGAUCGCGUUUGGUACCUUUGGAUGGUGUGUCCGUGGCGGUUCUGCAGAUGGCUCCGACCAAUGCAGCCGCUCUAGAAUCGGCUACUCGCCUGCCGACAUCGUUGCCGAGGCCGAUGCCGCGCAGUACUCUGGAUGGUCCUCCGACGCCGCCGAGGGCCUGACCCGCGUCAUGAUCCUCCACCCCAUCGGCGCCGGCGUCUCCUUCAUCGCCUUCAUCCUCUCCAUCGGCGCCGGCAUGUUCGGCUCGCUGCUGGCCGCCCUCGUCUCCGGCACCGCCUUCCUCAUCACCGUCGUUGCUCUCAUCUGCGACUGGGUCAUGCUCGCCUACAUCCGCCGUAACGUCAACCGCGACGAUAACGGCGACAAUGGCAGCUACGCCCACUACGACGUCGCCCUCUGGACCCUCUUGGCCGCUGCCAUCUGCCUGCUGCUCGGCACUGUCAUCGUCUUCUUCACCUGCUGCAGCGGCCGCAUGCACAAGCGCCGCCAGCAGCGGUCCAAGGUCGACCACUACUCACCCCCCGCCACGCACACUCCUUACCGCCGUCGUCACUUCUGGCAGCGCCGCACCCGCUACUGA